GCACGUUCAGUGAGAGGUGUGUAGCAUAGUUAGGAACACCAUAAAUUGGGACAGCCCACAUAACACUGUGACACAAUUGCACUUCAAAUGCAAUCUUUGAGUUGUGCCACAGAUAAAGCAAGCCGUAUCUGCUCCAGAGCCUGAAUAUAGUUUAGUCUUGCGCUGUGAGAGUGAGAGCAUGUCUACUGCUGUGAGUGUAGCGCUGCUGUUCUUCUUUUCUGUGGCACUGAACGAACAGGUGACCGAGGGCUGCAGAUGUUUACAAAGACAUCCUCAACAGGAUUUCUGCUCGUCUGAUAUAGUGAUUCGAGCAAAGGUCAUUGGAAAGGUGUCCAGCACUGUCCCUCGAUUAACUGCAUUCAAAAUCCAAACUAUUGAGACAUUUAAGCAAUCAGACAAGAAGAGAAUUCAGGUCAUCUAUUCUCCUCAAACCUCAUGUGGCAUCAGUCUGUAUAACGGCGAGUACCUGCUGUCAGGACGUGUCGAGGACGGCAGGGUCAUUGUUGAUUUAUGUGACCUUGUGGAGCCUUGGAACCAACUCUCCCAAGUUCAAAAGGCGUCCCUCAGCAUGUAUCAGAAAGGCUGUGUCUGUGAGAUCUCGCCCUGUACUGGAGAAUCCUGUUUGAUUGAGAUUCUUCAGAAAAAAUGUCUGCUAAGUCUUGAUGAUGAAAAGGCUCUUCAGUCUGUUUGCCUGCCUGGCAGUGACGGCUUCUGCAGAUGGCAACAAAGUUCCUGAGAACUAAAAAAGCUCCUAAAAUGAUGCCCUGAAGAACAAGUGCAUCAGCCAUUCAGCAGUGUGCAUUUUUGCCCUUUUGUUCUCCAGAAUGCUUAGAACAUUUUGAAAUCUAAACAAUUUAACGAAGCUUUGCAAUGCAGUCAAAAUACAUGCAAAACAUGGUUUUCAUGGAGAUAUGCAAUCAACCAUUAAACUAUUUUGCAUGUAAAA